UAAGAAACUACGUUUUAAAAACGUAAACAUUAAAAUAUUUUUGAUUCUAUAAACUUAAAUAAAGGUAAACUAGUACAUUUAGUAUGGGAAUCGACAAAAAGAAACGUUCCCGGAGUAGAGAACGAACGGAUAAGGACAGGGACAAGCGGAGCAAAAGGUCGCGUUCGAAGAGCAAAGAUAGAGCGGAUCGAGGUCACAAAAGGCACAGGUCCAGGUCCAAGGAGAGAUACGAUUCUAGGAGAGACGAUAAAUUCGAGAGGAGAGACGAGAAACAUGAUAAGGAGAAGUACAAGACAGAGCGGGAGAAAAGGGAUGAGCGUAAAGAUGACAAAGACACGAAAUUUGCAAAGGAAACAAAGCCUGCACUUCCAGUGGAAGACACCAAACCAGCCAUCAAACCUGAAGUCAAAGCAGAACCCCAAAAAAAAGAACCAUUAUCCUUGGAGGAGUUGCUGGAAAAGAAAAAAGCUGAAGAAGCUGCUAAAAGCAAACCUGUUUUUUUAACAAAAGAACAACGCGCCACUGAAGCCCUGAAAAGACGCCAAGAAGAAAUAGAGAAGCUGAGAAAACAGCAAGACGAAGAAAGAAAAAUUAUCCAAGCAAUGCAAGUGUCUAGACAAGAAGACAGAAAAGAUGAUAGGGACAGAGACAGGCGUCCCAGAGAUCGUGAACGCGAAGAAGAGAAACAAAAAGACAAGGACAAGGAAAAAGAACAAGACGCCAUAAAAGAAAGAUACCUGGGCUUAAUUAAGAAAAAACGCAGAGUCAGGAGGCUAAACGACAGAAAAUUCGUAUUUGAUUGGGACGCUGGAGAGGACACUUCACUAGACUACAACCCUAUAUACAAAGAAAGACAUCAAGUGCAAUUUUUUGGCCGAGGCAAUUUGGCCGGCAUCGACAUCAAAGCACAAAAACGCGAUCAGAGCAAAUUUUAUGGGGAACUUUUGGAAAAACGGAGAACCGAAGCGGAAAAAGCCCAAGAAAAAGUCAGACUCAAAAAAGUAAAACGCAAAGAAGAAAAACAACUGUGGGAUGACAGGCAUUGGUCUGAAAAAGAAAAAGAUGAAAUGACUGAAAGAGAUUGGCGUAUAUUUAGAGAAGACUACAAUAUUACUAUUAAAGGGGGCAAAAUUCCUGAACCAAUCAGAGGCUGGAAAGAGUCUGGAAUACACAAAGACCUAUUAGAAAUUGUUGAAACUAUAGGCUACAAAGAUCCUACUCCCAUUCAAAGACAAGCCAUUCCUAUUGGCAUGCAAAAUAGGGAUAUUAUUGGUGUGGCUGAAACUGGUUCAGGUAAAACCCUGGCUUUCCUCAUACCUUUAUUAUCCUGGAUUCAAUCUUUGCCAAAAAUUGAAAGGACUGAAGACGCUGAUCAAGGACCUUAUGCUAUUAUUUUGGCACCCACACGUGAAUUGGCUCAGCAGAUUGAAGAAGAAACUGUCAAAUUUGGACAGCCUUUGGGAAUUAGGACUGUGGUUGUUGUUGGAGGUUUGAGCAGAGAAGAGCAAGGUUUUAGGCUAAGGAUGGGUUGUGAAAUUGUUAUUGCAACUCCUGGUCGUUUGAUUGAUGUGCUGGAAAAUCGCUAUUUGGUCUUGAAUCAGUGUACUUACAUUGUUUUGGAUGAAGCUGAUCGUAUGAUAGAUUUAGGUUUUGAACCUGAUGUCCAGAAAAUCCUAGAAUACAUGCCAGUAACAAAUCUGAAACCAGACAAUGAUGAUGCCGAAGAUAGCAGAAUUCUCCUGGCCAACUACAACAGUAAAAAGAAAUAUAGACAAACUGUGAUGUUCACUGCAACUAUGCCUCCAGCUGUAGAAAGAUUAGCCAGAACGUACCUCAGAAGACCUGCUGUAGUUUACAUUGGCUCCAUUGGUAAACCUGUAGAACGUGUAGAACAAAUUGUCCAUCUUGUAGGCGAGAAUGACAAAAGACGCAAACUUAUGGAGAUUCUUUCCAAGGGCAUUGAAAAGCCUAUUAUUAUUUUUGUUAACCAAAAGAAGGGGGCCGACGUUUUGGCUAAAGGUUUGGAAAAAUUGGGAUUCAACGCUUGUACACUUCACGGUGGUAAAGGUCAAGAGCAAAGAGAAUAUGCUUUAGCCAGCUUGAAAUCUGGAGCCAAAGAUAUUCUUGUGGCUACAGAUGUUGCUGGAAGAGGUAUUGAUAUCAAGGAUGUUUCUAUGGUUAUUAAUUAUGAUAUGGCAAAGACAAUUGAAGAUUACACUCAUCGUAUUGGUCGUACCGGACGUGCUGGCAAGACUGGUAUUGCUGUCAGUUUUUGUACCAACGACGAUUCGCCAUUGUUCUACGAUUUGAAGCAAAUGUUGCUAUCUUCGCCUGUGUCAAAUUGUCCGCCAGAACUCAUGAAUCAUCCGGAAUGUCAAAAUAAACCCGGUAAUCAGCCCAAGAGGAGGAGAGAUGAGAUGAUUUUUGCUUAAUUAUACACAUAAAAACAAUAUAGAAUGGAGGGUAUAGUUAACUUUAUUUCAGAUAAAAUAUUGAUAAUGAAAUAAAAACUUCUGUGUAAGAAUUAAUUAAUGGCCAAUCUUAAACCUAAAUCUUAUGAAAAUGAAUUUUGAAAAAAAAAAAAAAAAAAAUGUUUAUACUGCAAAAACAUAAUAAAGAAGUGAAAGAGGACAGGCAACGAGUGUUAAUUCCAGAUUAUCUUAAAGGGGGUGUGCACCAAAAAAACUACUUAAUCUCAAAAAAAAAGAGAAAAAAAAUCUAAGAAUAACAGUGAAAUCCGCACCCCUCUAUGACAAAUAAUACCGCAGAUAUGGCUCUAUGAAGGUACCGCAUCUCACCCUAUGACGUCACGAAAGCUCAAGCUACGCACGAGAAAGUGGAGUUAAUUAAAUUUACAUAUAUUUCUCCUGUGUUACCUGCAAUAAUCUAAACAAAAACCACUCACGCGUGCCGGGAACAAUCAAAUUAACAAUGCGGAGCGCGGCUGGACGACGCUCUCGUGACGUCACACACACUUUAAAGCGGUAUAUCUCAGCGAUGGUUUAUCGUAAAAUAACGAGGUUUGAACAGUUAUUCUUAGAUUUUUUUACACUAAAACUUUAAUUUUUGGCGCACACCCCCUUUAACUAAUCAGAAACACUCCAUCACCUAGUUAUUGCACAAAAAUCUAAAAAUACUUCAGAUAAAGAAUUAACAACUUAUACAUACAACAAAGCCACUCUCUUACUUCCUUUCGCCAUUACUGGUCAACAUAAUAAAAUUAUUGCCUACAAAACUCAUACAGUCAUUAAUUGACCAGAACACCAAGGACAAGGAUGUAUAUUAUCACUAGGCUGCACUAAAUUACUAGUUUUAAUUUCAGUCAGCAAAGAUAUAAUUUCUUCAGCAGUUUGACUUGUUUCAACAUUUUCCUGCUCAUUUUCAGGCUCUAUAAUAUUACUUUGUGCGUUUAAUUUGGAAUGCUCCUCACAAAUAUUACUCAUAAGUUCGUGAUGCUGCAUUAGUUCUGCCGGUAUGGAACCUUUUUCCAGUACCAACUUUUUAAUUAAUUCAUUCAGUCUGUCAAUUUUUAGUUUUAUUUGUUCUCUGUCGCCUGCCAGUUGUUUUAGUUGCUGGUCCUUUUCCUGGGCUUUUUGCUUCAAAAUCAUCCUUUGGUGUUGGUACAAGGCCACGUACUCGCCUAUUGUUUCGGUUUCACCUUGUAGCUGAAGAACUAUGUGUUCUAGGCGUUGUUUUUCGUCAGUUAAAUCGGCAAUUUCUUGCAUGGUCUUUUUUACUUUUUCUUCUAAGUAUUUCAUGGCGUUUUCUUUGUCUAUGGUGUUUUCAUCAAUGUCAUCUUUAGUUUCCUCACAGUCUUGUUCAGUUGUGUCUGGUAUUUUUAAUUUAUUAACUUCAUUAGUAAGUUCUAGAAUAGUUUGGUUGGCAUCGUUUAAUUGAAUUUCCAAAGGAGUGUUGUUUUCUUCAUCUUUUUUCUUGUUCAAUUGGUUGGUUAGUUUCACAAUAACCUGUUUAGCUUCCUGUAAGUCGUUCUGUAAAACGUGCGCGGAAUUAUCAUGUGCUUCGUAAUGCCUCAAUCUGUCUUCAAGUUGCUCAUGGUGAAGCGAUUGUCUAUUCAUUUCCUCGAAAGCUUCCCUCAAAUGAGUCAGUUCUUUGUCCUUAAUCUCAAUGGCGUCUGCUAAGGAUUGAAGAGUGAUUUCGGUUUUUUGUAAUUUUUCAAUUAGGUCUUUAUUGGUUUCGUGCUGGCCUUUGAGAUUUUCUGUGAGAACUACUUUAUCAUUGUC